ACAGGGCAUAUAAAAGUAGGCAUGCAGAAAACCUUGGUACUGAGGAGCAAACGGACAGUGCAACUAUGAAGUGUCUCAUUCUACUGGCUUUGUUCGGAGUGGCAUUUGCUGCCCCUGUGGAAGAUGAAGGUGACAAGAUUGUUGGAGGGUUCGAGUGCAGGAAGAACUCGGUGCCCUACCAAGUGUCCCUGAAUGCCGGAUAUCACUUCUGUGGAGGGUCCCUCAUCACCAGGGACUGGGUUGUGUCUGCAGCCCACUGCCGCAAGUCCCGUGUCCAGGUGCGCAUGGGUGAGCACAACAUCGCCACCAACGAGGGCACCGAGCAGUUCAUCGACUCCGUCAAGGUUAUCAUUCACCCCUCCUACAACAGCUACACCAUGGACAACGACAUCAUGCUGAUCAAGCUGAGCAAGCCCGCCACCCUGAACAGCUACGUGAACACCGUCUCCCUGCCAACCCGAUGCGCGGGGGCCGGCAGCAGCUGUCUGAUCUCCGGCUGGGGCAACGUCCUCAGCAGUGGAACCUCCUACCCCGACCGUCUGAUGUGCCUGAACGCUCCCAUCCUCAGUGACAGCAGUUGCAGGAACUCCUAUCCCGGGGAAAUCACAGCCAACAUGUUCUGCGCUGGUUUCCUGGAGGGUGGCAAGGACUCCUGCCAGGGUGAUUCUGGUGGCCCGGUGGUGUGCAGUGGUCAGCUCCAGGGUGUUGUGUCCUGGGGAUAUGGCUGUGCCCAGAAAAACAGGCCUGGGGUUUAUGUCAAGGUCUGCAACUACAACUCCUGGAUUCAGAAUACCAUCGCUUCCAACUAAGACAGCAAGUGGCACAGAGAGCAAGAUGUGGCACCAUCAACACUCAUAGUAAAAUAAAAACCCAUUGUUUAUCUUCAAAA